AACAUCUCAAUCACGAGCAGGGACAUGGACCACAGUGGAGAGGGAGCUGCAGUCAGUCCUGAGGUGCCCCAGGAACUUCUGGAAGAAAUGAUUUGGGUUUUUCGUGUAGAAGAUGCAGCUCCUUGGAAUUAUUCCAUCCUGGUUCUGGCAGUCCUGGUGGCGGGGAUAAGCUUGUUCCUCCUGAGAAGGAGCAUCCUGGCAAACAGAAACCGAAAGAAGCAGCCACAAGACAAAGAAACACCAGAAGCCCUGAACCUAGAGGAUUCUAAAAUGAAAGAAAACAGCAGCCUGAACAACCUAAGAGAGACACUGAUCUCCGAGAAGCUAGACUUGCCCCCGGGGGAAACAGAAUUGAAUGAGAAAGAUGCCCUAAGGAUCUUUCUGCCAGACCCAGAGGAAACCGAGAGCUAGGGCGUGUUGAGAAAACUCACUACCCCAGCCAGACACAGGACUGUGAUCUGAACUCAGCUCUGUGGCCUCAAACUCCUCAGGUUAGAUAGUGCCUCCCAAGCACCCUAACUUAUUUUUAGCAGACACAAUAAACAAACUAUAACCAGA